CGGCCAACCUGCAAAGGAGCAUCUCCAGUUCUCCAACUCCUGCCCGAUCGCUUGACCUCAACUCGCCAGGUCCCAAGUGUGCGCCACCGCUUCUCUCACUUCCCGCACGUCAACACAUCAAACCGUGUAAAACCGAACCGACCACCUCUCUCUCUCUCUCCGCCAUGGACGCCAAAGAAGUCCUCCUCCGCGGCAAAGCCAUCAGCAAAGCCGUCGCCGAAGACGAACCCGCCUCCUCGCUCCUCAAACUCCUCUCGGACCUGAAAGAUGGCGUGCGCCCCACCGAGGAACUGCUCCGCGGCACCAAAAUCGGCAUGAUUGUGAAUCGCCUAGGCAAGCACCGGGACCCCGCGGUCCGCGACCUGGCCAACACGAUGGUGACGAAGUGGAAAGAGGAGGUGAAUCGGGCGAAGAGGAAGGCGGCGGUUUCGGGUACGGGGGCGUCAGGCGCGGGGACUCCGAAGCCCGUUGCCAGCGCGGCGUCGUCGAGUGCGCCUCCGUCGGGAACGGCGUCGCCCGCGCCGGGCGCGAAGAGGAAGCAUCAUGUGGAUCCUGCGAAGAGGAAUGACCAGACGGACGGUGUCAAGUGGCAGGUGUAUGGCAUACAAGCGCGCGAUGGAUGCAUCAAGCUCAUGUACAAUGGCUUGGCGUUCAUGUCUGAGGAUCUGCCCGACGAGAUCCUCACGGUAGCCAAGGAGGUGGAAUACGCCGCCUGGGCAAAUGCCGGCUCCGAAGACAACGCCGCCUACCGCGCAAAAAUCCGGUCUCUCUUCCAGAACCUCAAAAACAAAUCUAACCAGCAACUCCGUCGGCGCGUACUCUCUGGCGACAUCCCGCCCAACCGCUUUGUGACGAUGACCCACGACGAGAUGAAGUCCGACUCGCGGCGCAAGGAAGACGAGCGUCUGGAGAAGGAGAACAUGAACGAGGCUAUGGUCGCACAGGUAGAAAAGAGCAUCUCCAAGGAAUUCGAGUGCGGAAAGUGCAAGCAGAAGAAGGUCAGCUAUAGCCAGGCCCAGACGAGAAGUGCCGACGAACCGAUGACGACCUUCUGCGAGUGCAUGAACUGCGGCAAUCGGUGGAAGUUCUCCUGAGUAUGGAGUUAACUUGGGAGCACGCUUCUUCUACUGUACUUUUCGGCUUUAUUUUUUUCGUUGGCGGAGAGCGGUAGGCGUUCAUUUGGGCAUAAAAGGCGUAGAUGGGGUAGGGGACUCUGGCGCGGACUGGGUCCGCUCGAUUUUCCCUUUUUUGACAGGCGGGCAGAGAUGAAUCCUUUUUUGAAGGCUUCGUGGGGCUGACUGCGUAUUCUUUUUCAUGAUAGAGUGAAUUGGGUCUGCCUGGGCUCAUCAUCCUCGGCCUGUGCCUAGGCUCUUUGACGGGCGGCGGUUGGUCUGCCGGCCUAAUAGCAGCGUUUAUCAGAAUUCCAAUUGCUG